AUGAGAGAUGAUGAACUUGUGGAAUUUAUAGACUUCAUUCUACAAAAUUUGGUGGAUCUGCUAACUGUUAUGUCAUCUGGUUAUGGGGCUUUGCUUGCUCAACUUCGCGCCCUUGAAAAAAAGCUAACAUUCUUGAAAAGUUUCAUUCUCUUUGCCAAAUUGCGAGGAACGGUAGAUAUUCCUUCCUUGCUAUUUACUCACAUUGAAGUCGUGGUGUUGAUCGCAGCAUGCCUCUCUUACAUGUGUUCCCUCUGGGACGAUGCUGAGGCAAUGUACAAUCCUGAGCACUGCUCUAUCAUAUGUGAACAACUGGAGAUGAUCAAACCAGUUGAUAUUCACGUCUAUGAGAUUUAUAUGCAAGUUCGUAGAGCCUCAAGCACCUCAGCAUCUUUACAUACUACGAUGAUGGAUCAACAGAUAUUGAACAACUUCAAUGAUUCUCUGAUAAGUUGUCUCUGGGACCUAUUAUGCUGCAGUUCUAGCUUUAUGGGUUCAGUAAAAGAUGAAAUGCAAAUACUCGAUGCUGGAUUGAGAUUCUUCAGAAGCAUAUUAAAGGAGCCAAAGGAGCACAUGGAUGAGCUGAAUGAAAAAAUUGGAGCUCUCCUCACUGAGGCAGGGAUCAUAAUAUGCCUACUUUUGCUCAACAGAACGAAAGAAGGAGAGCCUGACUCCUUAGAGUCCACAAAGGCCCUUGAUUUUUAUGAUAUGUUGGUUAAUACCAAUAUUCAUAUCAAGCAUGUUAAGGAUCAGAUCAGUGGCUCAAGCAUUAUAGGGAGUCCUCCUUCCAAUCAUAGCUUCCAAGAACAAGGAGGUUGCAAGCCUUCCAGCCAUAUGCCAUCAGAAGGUAAGAAACCAAUAACCCAUGAAGUCAUGGUUGGUCUUGAUGACGAGGCAGAAAAAGUAAUUGAUCGACUUAUAAGCGGACAAGAACAUCUGGAAAUUGUUCCCAUUGUGGGAAUGGCAGGGCUUGGUAAGACAACUUUAGCCAAAAAAGUUUACAAUGACAAUUCAAUUAUCUAUAACUUCCACAUUCGUUUUUGGUGCACUGUUUCUCAAGAAUUUAACGUGAAAAAGUUGCUACUUCAAAUUUUGCACUCUGAUGGAGAGAAUGAAAAGCUCGAAUUUCUGGAUGAAGAUGAAUUGCUUCAAAAGCUCUAUCAAAAGCUGAAAGGAAAUAGGUAUCUCGUUGUUUUUUAUGAUAUCUGGGACAUCAGAGCAUGGAAUGAAUUGAGGUACUCUUUUCCAGAUAACAACAAGAGAAAUAGAAUCCUCUUCACUAGCCGAUUCUCUAAUGUGGCUUCACAGGUUGAAUAUGGUGGCCAACCUCACAAUCUUCGCCCGCUCACUGAAAAAGAGAGUUGCGAAUUACUGCAGAGGAAAGUAUUUGGAGAGGAAGAUUGUCCUCAACCACUAUGUGGGUUUGGGAUGGAAAUUGCCCAAAAAUGCAAGGGACUUCCCCUUACUGUUGUUGUUGUAGCUGGAAUCCUAGCAACUAUAGAGCAUGAGGUAUGGGCUUGGGAAGAAUUUUCUGAAAGGUUGACUUUGACCAUGGUGUCUAGCACAGAAUUGUGCAAGAAAUCAUUAGAGCUCAGUUAUGAAUAUUUGCCAUAUCGUUUGAAGGUGUGCCUGCUUUAUUUUGCUGCAUUUCAAGAAGAUGAAAUAAUUGGUACGAAGAACUUGAUGCGUCUGUGGAUUGCAGAAGGGUUUGUGGAAAACGUUGAAGGAAAGAGAUUAGAAGACAUUGCCGAAGAAUAUAUGAUGGAUUUAAUUGGUCGAAACUUAGUUAUGAUAAGUGAACGUAGAUCCAGUGGUGGAGUCAAAUCUUGUUGCAUUCACGAUUUGUUAUUUGAGUUUUGUAAGAUCCAAGCCAAAGAAAAGAAUUUCCUUCAAGUGCUACGGGGAUUUGAUGAGCUUUCUACUUUCAAUGAGCCUCCCAACCUACCUCUAUUGUCCAUUUUUUCCAGUGGAGAAGAUUUCAUAAAGUCGAAACUGUUUUGUCCACAUUUACGGACUCUGCUAUUCUUCGAUCAGACCGCAGCAAGAUACUUUCAAUUGGCUGAUACCUCCUUUCCUUUCAGCAUCUACAAACGUCUUAAUGUUUUGAAGUUAGACCACAUUCACCUGAUGCAAGAGGAGCUUCCAGAAGAAGUUGAAUCACUUCUUAAUUUGAGGUACAAUCUGGAGCAUGAAAAAGUUGAGGCACCUACAUGUAAGGCCAGGCCCCGCGGUUAUUGGUCGUUUGCCCAAAGACAACGCGGUUGA